AUGCAAAAAACUCCUAGUCUUAAUUCAUUUACUAAUCUAAGUAAUACGAAUCAAUCUGAAUUAUUAAUUUAAUGUUACAUUAAUAAGAUCAUUAGACAAAACCAAUAAAUCAACUCUUCAUCUAAUUUAGAAGACUAAUAUGAUUAAUGCUAAAAUACCAAUCAAAUCCAAUUAUUUGAAGAAUAUAUGCAGAAUCUAAAUAAAAUCAUCUCAAAUCCACCCAAUUCACAAUAUCUAAGCAAAUACUAUGUUCAUUCUAUUGAAAACGACACUAUUAAAUUAAUUAGUGAAACCUCAACAGAAACUCUUAUGGAUUUUAUUAAAAUGAGACAUUAAAAUAAUGCUCCUAUAAAUGAAGAAGAAAUUAUAGAUUUGGCAUAUGCUAUUCUUAAUGGAUUAUAAUAUAUUAAUAUUCUUUAUUUAAGUCCCUCUUAUAUUAUCAAAAAAUGCAAGAUCAUCAAUUAUAUCGAAUAAAUGAUAAAUCAAAAUCAACGAACAUUUUUGGAAUAAGAAGAUAAAUUAUAUUUAGCACCAGAACUACAAAAAUAGAUAAACUUUGAAUUAAAUGAUUGUGAUGAUUUUAAUAAACAUCAUAGUUAAAAAAUUAAUGCACCUAAAGCUUGUGUUUAUUCAUUAGGAAUCAUUCUAUUAUAAUGUAUUAAUUUUUAAUGUAUAAAUGAAAAUGUUGAUUAUGAUUAAAUUUUAUGCAAUUCUAAAUAUAGUUGGUCUUUGAGAGAUCUGAUUAAACAAAUGAUAAAUUAAGAUGAAGAUCAAAGAAGUUCAAUACAAGACUUACUACAAAAUCCUUUAUUUUAUAACAAAAAACAAUAAAUUGAUAUACAGCCUAAAUAGUAAAAUCAAAUUUCUUUAGCUGUUUUCUUUUAAUUCGUAAAAAACAAAUUUAUCAACUUAGAUUGGGCUGAUCAAUUUUUUUCAUUAGAAGAAAUAAUUUAAAUCAGUGAUCUUAAGGAAGGUACUUUUUCUAUUGGUGAAUUGAAAUCUGUCAUUAAUAGUUAAAUAACAUAAAUCAUUCAAAAUUGUCCAAAUAAUUGCUCUUUAGAAGAAUUGAUAGCUACUUUUAUUAAAAUUGGCAAUCCUAUCCAAUAAGAAGAGAAUCAAGUCGUCUAAUAAAAAAAACAACAAUUUUUAUUCAAAAAAUGGUUUAAAAAAUAAGAGUAGAAAAAUGAAGAUACAUAAGAAUAAGUAUUUUUACCUUAAGAACCAAUAGAGAUGGCAUAAAUACUUUUAUUAAAAUUAAUUUCAUAAGCAUCUGAAAAAGCUUUUUAAACAUUUAUUUAUAAAGUGAUUCAUAAUAUGGGAGGUGUAGACUUAAUUUGGUAAAAUAUCAGAAAGAGAAUAUGGCCAAGAGCAUUAGGAUUUGAAUCAUUAGAAGCACAUAGAUAAAUAGUAUAAUUGACACUUGAAUUAUGUUAAUAUUUGAAUGAAUAAAAAGAAAAAGAUUUAAUUUAAUUAGACAAAGAUUUGAAUCGAUAAAGAUUCAAUAAGAGAACUUAAGAUGCUAUAAGAAUUACAAUACGAGGAUUUAUUAAUCAAUCUAUUUCUAAUUGUUAUAUAUAGGGGAUGGAAUCUAUUUCAUAUGUUCUCUUAUAAGCAUUUAAUUAUGAUACUGAACUUAGUUCAAUAUGUUUGAAUGAAUUAUACAAAAAAAGAAUUGUUAAUUUACCAUAAGAAGAGAACUCAGAAGGAAUAAAUGAAUAUUUUGGAUAGAAAAUUUAAGAAAAGAUUUUACUUUAUAAUUGGACUCUUAGAUAUUUUGAUCCAGGAUUAAGCAAUUAUUUAAAGGAAGCUGAUUUUAGAUGUGAAACUCAUAUUGUUCCAUGGUUUAGUACUUUCUAUGCUAGAGAAUUCGAAAUGGAGAAUGUGAUGAAAAUAUAUGAUUAUAUCUUAAUUUCUGAUGAAUCAUUCGAAAUUAUAUUAGCAUCUCAAAUUAUGUUAGAACUUAAAUCAACAUUCGAAAUUAAAGAUAGUGAAGGAAUGCUUAAUUGCUUAAAAAAUUUAUAAAAUAAUAUUCAAUUAGAUGUUUGUUUACAAAAUUCUCUUAAAUUAUCAACUUAAUUACAUAAAACAUUUUUUAUUCUCACUCAUUAAGAUGAACAUAUUUGUAAUUAAAUGAAAGAAGAAAAUGAAUAUUUAUAAGAAAGACCAUGGGAACAUCCAUAAACAUUUAAAUAAUUGCAAGAAUAAUAAACAUUUUCUAUUUCAAUUCAUGAUUUUUAAUAAUUAUUAAGAGAAUAAAAAUAAUCCCUCAAUGUUGUGUCGUUAGAUAUGAGAACUGCUAAAGAAUAUGAAUAGGCAUGUAUUUCAGGUUCUUUAUAUGCCUUUUAUGAUAAAAAGAAAAUCAAUAAUAUUCAGCUUUUAAAUUACUUAGAAUUAAGGGGAUUAAUUGAAGAAUAAAGCAUUUAUUAUAUAGUAGUAAUUUGUGAUUCAGAGAAACAAAAUGUUAAAGAAAUUAUGGAUUAUUUACUCAAAUAAUAAAUUAAAAGACUUGUUUUAUUAAAGGGAGGAAUAUAGGCUGUUUUAUUAGAUGGAUAAGAUAUACUUAAGUUUAAUUAGAAAGCAGUAUUGCCUCCAUGGAUAAAAUUAUAAAUUGAUGAAUUAAAGAAGAAAAAAAAUAUUUAAUGA